CAACAAAAAGAGCUGAUGACGUCAGCUCUGUCAUGUGAUCAGCUGUGUCCAAUCACAGCUGAUUGCAUGGGACAUGUACACUGAUCAGCAGGGCACAUAUCAAUGCCACAUAUCAGUGCCUACCAGUGCACAUCAAUGCAACAUAUCAGUGCCCAUGUGAGCUGCCUUUCAGUGCCACCUAUCAGUGCCAGUCAGUGCCAUCUAUUAGUGCCAGUCAGUGCCGCCUGUCAGUGCCAUGCCCAUCAGUGCUGCCUAUCAGUGCCCAUCAGUGCAGCCUAUCAGUGCCCAUCACUGCAGCCUCAUUAGCGCACAUCAGUGAAGGAGAGAAAUCACUUAUUUACAAAAUUGUAUAA